UUGUCUUGCCGGUGGUCGUGGUUUAUGUGUCGGGCGCAGUUUACGCUUUGAAAGGCUAACUGUAUGAGGUACCUCAAAGACAACAAUGCGGUCGUUUCGUCAGGUUGGGGAGAAGCAGUUGCCCCAUGAGAUCAUAUUUAUGUCAUGGUCACCCAGAAGGGACCUAAUUGCACUUGUUAACAAAACUGGAGAGGUGUUGCUCCAUCGCCUGGCAAAUAUUCAGAGGGUGUGGAAUUUACCCCCAAAUGAGAAUACAGGGAAAGAGGUGUCAUGCCUGGCAUGGAGACCUGAUGGCAAAAUUUUGGCUUUUGGCCUGGCUGAUACCAGACGUGUGGUACUCUGUGAUGUGGAAAAGCCUGAGAGUCUACAUUCCUUUUCUGUAGAAACAACAGUAUCCUGCAUGCACUGGAUGGAAGUAACAGAGGAAAGUAGUGUCUUGACAACGUUUUAUAAGGCAGAAAAUGAAUCUAACAUUCUACCGAAGUUACCAGCACUGCCAAAGAAUUUCAAUGCCACUGCAAAGAUCUUUAGUGAAGAAAAAUCUGAUGAAAUACUGAAGCUUUUGGGAGAUGUUAAGCUCAACGCUUUAGUCCUUGGAGGGGACUCUGGGCAAAUUGAAAUCUAUGCCUAUGGAAUGUACAAGAUUGCUACGAUUACAGAGGUGUUCGGCUCUUGCCUCGGCUUGUGCUUGUCAAGUGACUUAAAAUCCCUUGCUGUUGUUACUGAGCUUUCAACAAACACUACUCCUGAGAUCACAUAUUUCCAGCUGGAUACUAGCUUGCUUUCCACCUAUUUACCUGAGGUUACUCAAAUGGCACGAAAGUUUACACACAUUUCAACUCUUCGUCAGUAUUUAAAGUUGUCUCUGACUUGUAUGUGUGAAGCCUGGGAAGAAAUUUUGAUGCAGAUGGAUUCUCGACUGACAAAGUUUGUUCAAGAAAAGAAUACCACCACCUCUGUGCAGGAUGAGUUCAUGCAACUUCUUCUUUGGGGUAAAGCCAGUCCAGAGCUCCAAGGAUUGCUGAUGAAUCAGCUGACUAUUAAAGGCCUAAAGAAGCUUGGCCAGUCUGUAGAAUCUUCAUACUCCACCAUUCAGAAACUUGUAAUAAGUCAUUUACAAAGUGGAGCUGAAGUUUUGCUCUAUCAUCUAAGUGAACUGAAAGGGAUGGCCUUGUGGAAACAGAAGUAUGAAUCUCUUGGCUUGGAAGCCAAAGCAAUAGAAGAUGCGAUAACUUCUGUGGGGUCAUUCAUUCUUAAAGCGAAUGAGCUUUUACAAGUUAUAGACAGUGGCAUGAAAAACUUUAAGGCGUUCUUCCGAUGGCUUUAUGUAGCUAUGUUACGGAUGUCAGAAGAUCACGUUCUCCCAGAGCUGAAUAAGAUGACACAAAAAGACAUCACUUUUGUGGCUGACUUUCUGACGGAACAUUUUAAUGAAGCACCAGAACUUUAUGACCAGAAAGGCAAAUACUUCAAUGUGGAAAGGGUUGGACAGUAUUUAAAAGAUGAAGAUGACGACUUGCUAUCUCCACCCAGUACGGAGGGGAAUCAGUGGUUCAGUUUUCUGCAGAACAGUGCGCCCCUGAAAGAAAGCCCACUACUGUUUCCUUCCUAUAUAGAAAAGUCACUUCAUUUUGUGAAGCGGCAGAUGGAGGCUGUUAUCGAUAACUGUUUGGCAAAACCAGCGGACGUUAUAGGGAAAUCUGUUCAACAAAAACUGUGUAUUUCACUUUAUCAUGCAUCCAAAAGUGAAGAAUCUUGUCCACGAUUGAUCUCCCUGCCAUUCCUCUGGAAUGACAAAUCCCAGAAUCUACAUUAUAUGAUGUUUCGUAUGUUGGAAAGCUCCGAAUCAAAGAUGUUCAUUUUCAGACAACCAACAGAUACAACAAGAGCUACAAAUGAUUUUCUGGCAGUUGAGUUUGGACACUCGCUAAAUAGAAGCACAGAUGAGAAUUCCGAAAAAAGUCACUACAGCUGUCUGGAUGCACGUUUCUUCGAAGAUGAUGUUAUAACUGUAAUAAUUAAAGAUAACAUGGGAACUGAGGGAAAAGACAGGGUAUUGGCUCAGAUCCCUUUGUCUUCUGUAUUCUCUAAUGAAGAGACAGACUACCAGUUCAGCAGGGACAAAAGUAAGAGGCUGGAAGAGCAGCAUGCUGACAUACCUACCCACACCUUCUUUCUGGAGGGCCAGUGGAGAUUACUGGAAAACAUGAAAGCUCAGUAUGUGUCUGUGAAUGGGAUACGCAAGGUGGCUUGUGUGCUAAGUUCCAACCUGCGCCAUGUCCGAGUUUUUGAGAUGGAUGUGGAAGAUGACGGAGAAGCUGAAGAAGAGGAUGUGGAGGAGCAGUCUCAUGCUCAGGAUAUUACUGAGGAAGAGGGAGAGUUGACUCAUUCCACCUAUGAGAUGAAAGAUGCUUCUCCACAAGUUGCAGAUGUAACAGAGGAAAGCUUGGAGUCUUAAGUUCCUUUCAAAAUGCUAAAUGUAAUUUUGAUGUUUUUAUAGUAUCGACUCUGAGAGCCAGAAA